AAUAGGUCGCGCUCCAUUUCUUGCAUUCUCAAUGCCAUGUCUCGCACAACAAUGUACAAUUGGGCUCUAUUUUUGUCUCGAACGGCCGAUGGGUCCUUGGCGGCAUGGAGCUCACAGGAACGGCAGCGGAAUCCAUGGAGACGGGACUCACAUCGCUCCUAUCAAAGGAAUUGGUGCCGCCAGAAUACCAGGGACAGUCAUCGAAAAUGAGCUCAAAGGACAUGGAUACUGCCCAUGCCGUGGAUAUAUGGCAGUAUGGGAAGCUGGUCGAAACACUCAUCCAGUAUGGGCUACUUCAUAUUAAACCGAGUGCCCUUCCGCUGGAACGUAUGCUCAACGUUGAUCCUCGGAAACGGCCGCCUGGCGAUGUCAUCCUCGAGUCCGAUAUUUUUAUCCGCAACAACUCUGUCUCUGUCGUCCGCUACUGCCGACUCAAGGGGUUGGAAAAGGGCCAGAAUGCGGAAUGGAGCCAGACCAUUAUGCCAAAGCUUCAUAUGUUGGCACCAUCCAUCAUGGAGAAGCUCGUCCUUCCGCAGCUUUUAACGCAGGAGUUCUUUGCAGCGGAGGGAUUCGACAAAUUAUACAGGAAUCUGUUCACCCCGCAGCCGCCUCAGCCGCUCAUUUCUGAAGAGGUGUACCAGUCCCAAGUACUGCCAUUCAUGAUCAAACUCUGGACAUAUCGACAAGCUGACAUUCGCAUGACCAUUUUCCGUCUAUUUGAGGUGUACUUGAAGGCUGUUGUUUUGGGCGAAGGCGGAUCUGAAGUUCUCGUACAGAUCAUUAUGCCAGAGAUUUUGUCAGGACUUCAGGAUGCGGAUCCCAAAGUGUACCUGGCAUCGCUCUGCGGCCUGGCCACCGCGAUCCCUUACGCACUUUUGGUGACAACUCUUGGGGAUACGGACAUGAGCAAACAAAAAAUCUCCAUCAAGACGCUAUAUGAGCAGACACUGAUUCCUCAAAUCAUGGCCUUCUGGAUCUCGGAGGAUUGUACACAGGAAUCAAAGGUGCAGGUAGUCGAGGUCAUCAUGGGCAUGUGGUCCUCGAUUUACACCCUUGGCCUGUACAAUCACCCAGCUGUCAAGGAUAUAAGCGCACCUCUCACCAUCGCCCUCGUCUCCGUUCUCAAGAUUACGCCUGUCAGCGAGCGGGUGGAACUCAUCUCGAAAUCGUUCACCAAGCAUUGCACCAGCGGAUUAUUCUGCAUCAGCGGUCUACUGAAGUUUCUUCCACAAUUUUUACUUGACGAUGAUUUGCAGGUCCGCGAAGCUGCCGCAAAUGCCAUCUCGACGGUGGCGCACCAGGCAAUCACGUUGGUAUCUCAGCCAGAUCUAGCGGUUGAGCAACAGGAUCAACAGCAUCUUGCUGAAAGCGAUGCUAAUAAAACCAAUACAGAAGGAUCUUCCACGCCAAUGCCACCUGCACCUUCGCCUUCAUCAGCUCACUCAGUUCACGUCUCAAGGAUCCGUCAGUAUUGCGAAAAGCAACAGUCGCUCUUGCCACCAAGGCGACCUAUCUUCUCAAGGUCCAUAUUUACAGGGGAGAGGAGCCAUUCUAGCAGCUCAAUGAGGAGCUACAACGGGGUUGAUGUGAAGGGCGGCAACUUGAGUGCGGAUCUGCAGUCGAGUAGACGCUCAUCGAUCGUCUCACAGGAUUCUUUCAUGUUCUCGGAGCAGGGAUCACUCAAGACUCCGUCUUUGCUAACCCCCUCAUUGACACGGGCAGGGUCAUUUUCGGCUGAUUCGACGAGCCGGGAUACCCUUGUUAGCACACCUGGAUUGGACUCGCACUUGAGCAAGGCAAUGGAUAAACCAACACAGUUUUACGACCCUCGCGAGGAACUUAUACAGGAAUCAGGUACUGCUCUUGACGACCCUAUCGACCAUCAUGCUGAGGAAGUCACGCAAGAGGACACACAGGCAGCAGAUGAGCUUGAGCUAAUGAAGGCGUUGGAGGCUGCAAAAGCCGAAAUGAAGGUGCGUCAACUUCCAGUCGAGCAACGUCCACCUUCUAAAACGAGCAGUAUACCGCGAGGUGUGGAUAUCAAUCCCAGCAUUGCUGAUAACUCGACGGCGUUUGGAUGGGAUGAUGCCGGUGAUGAUGAGGGCGACGACUGGGACGCCGAGGAUUCGACUUCCUUGAACAGUCCUGCAAACCAAACCUCCUCACCAGCAGUGGAGCAUCAUGUGGAAGACGAAGCAACACUUCUGAAGCGUGAGAUGGAAAAGGCAGAGAAGCAGGAGCAGCUGCGCCAGAAGCGCGAUCAAAAGCAGCAGGAGAUGCAGGCUAAGCGUGAGGCCAGGCGACAGCAACUGGCGGAGAAGCAGAUCAAUAAGAAACCUUCAUCCAAUGGACUGAAGCUGGGAGCCGUUAAAGCAGCGCCAGUGUCAGCACCGUCAUCAGCAUCCGUAUCGGUAUCAGCAGCAAUAACGGCUUCCUCGAACUCUACAGCGGCACCGAAGCCGCUUUCUGGUCGCAGCAUGAUCCGACUACCCGAAGGUCCAACAGAAGAAAAGGAUGGUUGGGAUUCGGAUGAGAACCUCGAUAUGGGUGCGCUCGCAAACCAGCUUGGUGCUGCUGCGGCUGCAGAGGACGAUGAUCUGUUCAAGGACCUGGAAGUAUCAUAUAAAGCGCCGGUGUAUGUUGGUGGCACAUCGGUUGGCGCUGGUCCUUUGAAAUCCUCAACAUCUAUAUCCAUGUUGUCGUCGUCUUCCAAGACACUAUCGAGCUCUACAGGAACUAUUUCGACUACGAGGACACUCCAUGGUAGCGUCACGGCCACUACGAGUGCCGUAACCUCAGCACCUGCGAGAUCAGCCGCAGAUUCAGCAACAAUCAGACCAGCAGUCGCACCAGUUCCUGGAGGAUCGAUGUCUCCGAGCUCCGCAGGCUCUCAAAGCCGAAGAUCAAGUCCUGUAGAAAUGCCCCAGCGUGUCCCCUCACCACUUUUGAGAACGGCAAGCAACGGCAGUAUUAAUGGCAGCAACGGUAGCAAUGGCGUCGGUCAUGGCAAGACACUCGCUAUCUCUCCAGCUCUUGCCCCAACAACAGCACCAGCUUUGCCAAAGACGACUCCCUCAUUGGCAGUACAAGUGGAUGAGGCGGCAUUAGAGGAGGAUGGCUGGGGCAACGAUUGGGACUAGAGCCGGCAAAGAGAACAUCAUACCCUCCGCAAAUUGAAGCAGUUUGUUCGCUUACAGUGAUUUGCUUUUGACUAAUAAAAUAAUACUUUAUUCAAACGUCAG